CUUGUCAGCUGAGCCCGCGGUGUACUGUUUUUAAGUAUAGUAAUGGCGUCUUCUAAUACCUUCGUAUUUGUGGUGAUUUUGUAUCAUGCACUGCUCGGCAUGGAGUGUAGCGAUGCCGCCAAGAUCGUGGGAUAUCCGAUGAUGGCGGGAAGUCCAUACAUUGGGAUGAGGAGAAUUGCACAAGAACUAGCUGCUCGGGGGCACGAGGUAACCCUACUAGUUAGCUCAAUACGAAAGAUCAAGCCGACAGAGGGAGUCACUCAUGCUGUUUACCAAGUACCAGUAGAAAAGAACUAUUUUGAAGAAAUGGUAUCUCGCACCAUAAACAAUGGUAUUAUCAGUGAAUUAUCCAGUAAAACAGGCAUGGGAGCAGCUUUAAAGUUGUUCUGUGAAGCAACUUUAAACUCUACUGAUGUCAUAGACCCAUUGAAAAAGUUUGACCUGAUAAUUACGGACUGCUCAAUGCCUUGUGGUGCAGUUCUUGCCGAGUACUUGAACUUAACCCGAGUGGACUAUUGUCCAGGAACCCCAAGGAUUCCUUUGAUCUACCAUUUCCAUGGACCAUCAUUUCCAUCUUACGUCCCUCUAAUGAUGUCAGGAAACACAGCUAAAAUGAACUUCUUACAACGAGUUAAAAACACUCUUAUUUACAUUGCUGGUCAAAUAAUGGUGAGGUUAGUGGUGUUUCCAAACUAUGAUGACAUAAAGCAAAGAUAUAAUAUAAAUCCUGGAUCAAGUUUUGCUGAAAGUUUUGGUAAGGCAGAGAUAACGCUGUUCCUGGCAGACCCAGUUUUGGACUAUGCCUUCCCUACUCUACCAGGUCACAUACUGAUAGGUCCUGUCAACAUCCAGCCUCGACAUCUAGUCUCCCUCUCCCCAGAGUUUCAACAGCUUGUUGACAACUCAGAAGGCGUGAUCAUUGUAUCGUUCGGUUCAAAUGUCGCCGCCAUUGCUAACAAGGAGGUCGAUGUUAUGGCCGAGGCUUUUGGCCGACUCAAAGAGACAGUGUUUUGGAGACAAAGAGGAUACAUUCCGAGCAAUCUCAGCAAUAAUAUCAAAAUAGUUGAAUGGCUCCCACAGAAUGACCUCCUGGCAAAUAAGAAAACGCGCGUGUUUGUGUCGCAUCUUGGUCUAAACAGUUUGUAUGAGUCUGGCUAUCACGGGAUACCUGUGGUGGGCGUUCCCAUAUAUGGUGAUCAACCCGACAAUGCAGUGUUAAUGGAAGAGAAGGGACUGGGACUAGCAGUCGAUAUUCACACGGUGACGGCUGAUGAGUUGUAUCGAACUAUACGACGAGUUAUCGAUGAGAAACGAUUUAAAGAGAAUGCUGCACGUAUUUCCCGCCUUAUGCAGGAUCGCAAGCGAUCACCAACGGAGGAGGGAGCUGAUUGGAUAGAAUACACAUUACGUCACGGAAGACUGACACAUCUUCGCCCCGCCUCCGUCCACUUGUCUUGGUACCAGUACUUUCUCCUUGAUGUCAUGCUUUUCAUGGGCGUGGUUCUGUUGUCUGUUGCCAUAGUAAUAUGGCUUGUCUUCAAACUUAUCUACCCGUGCUGCUGUCGAACGCAAACGAAGAAUAAAACUCAAUAGGGCGAUAAGAAAUGCAUCUCUGACACACCAUAUGCCUUUACAUGUAACAGUAACAGUGUGUAAAGGCAUAUGUUGUGCCCGGAGUAACAGUAUGUAAAGGCAUAUGUUGUGCCCGGAGUAACAGUAUGUAAAGGCAUAUGGUGUGUCUGGAGUAACAGUUACUACGGACACAACAUAUGCCUUUACAUACUGUUACUACGGACACAACAUAUGCCUUUACAUACUGUUACUCCAGACACAACAUAUGCCUUUACAUACUGUUACUACGGACACAACAUAUGCCUUUUCAUACUGUUACUACGGACACAACAUAUGCCUUACAUACUGUUACUACGGACACAACAUAUGCCUUUACAUACUGUUACUACGGACACAACAUAUGCCUUUUCAUACUGUUACUACGGACACAACAUAUGCCUUUACAUACUGUUACUACGGACACACCAUAUGCCUUUACAUACUGUUACUACGGGCACAACAUAUGCCUUUACAUACUGUUACUACGGACACACCAUAUGCCUUUACAUGCUGUUACUCCGGACACACCAUAUGCCUUUACAUACUGUUACUCCAGACACACCAUAUGCCUUUACAUACUGUUACUACGGACACAACAUAUGCCUUUUCAUACUGUUACUACGGGCACAACAUAUGCCUUUACAUGCUGUUACUCCGGACACAACAUAUGCCUUUUCAUACUGUUACUCCAGACACACCAUAUGCCUUUACAUACUGUUACUACGGACACAACAUAUGCCUUUUCAUACUGUUACUACGGGCACAACAUAUGCCUUUACAUGCUGUUACUCCGGACACACCAUAUGCCUUUACAUACUGUUACUACGGGCACAACAUAUGCCUUUACAUACUGUUACUACGGACACACCAUAUGCCUUUUCAUACUGUUACUACGGGCACAACAUAUGCCUUUACAUGCUGUUACUACGGACACACCAUAUGCCUUUACAUGCUGUUACUCCGGACACACCAUAUGCCUUUACAUACUGUUACUCCAGACACACCAUAUGCCUUUACAUACUGUUACUACGGACACAACAUAUGCCUUUUCAUACUGUUACUACGGGCACAACAUAUGCCUUUACAUGCUGUUACUCCGGACACACCAUAUGCCUUUACAUACUGUUACUACGGGCACAACAUAUGCCUUUACAUACUGUUACUACGGGCACAACAUAUGCCUUUACAUACUGUUACUACGGACACAACAUAUGCCUUUUCAUACUGUUACUACGGGCACAACAUAUGCCUUUACAUGCUGUUACUACGGACACACCAUAUGCCUUUACAUGCUGUUACUCCGGACACACCAUAUGCCUUUACAUACUGUUACUCCAGACACACCAUAUGCCUUUACAUACUGUUACUACGGACACAACAUAUGCCUUUUCAUACUGUUACUACGGGCACAACAUAUGCCUUUACAUGCUGUUACUCCGGACACACCAUAUGCCUUUACAUACUGUUACUACGGGCACAACAUAUGCCUUUACAUACUGUUACUACGGACACACCAUAUGCCUUUACAUGCUGUUACUCCGGACACACCAUAUGCCUUUACAUACUGUUACUACGGACACACCAUAUGCCUUUACAUACUGUUACUACGGACACACCAUAUGCCUUUACAUACUGUUACUACGGACACACCAUAUGCCUUUACAUACUGUUACUCCAGACACACCAUAUGCCUUUACAUACUGUUACUACGGACACAACAUAUGCCUUUACAUGCUGUUACUCCGGACACACCAUAUGCCUUUUCAUGCUGUUACUCCAGACACAACAUAUGCCUUUACAUACUGUUACUACGGACACAACAUAUGCCUUUACAUACUGUUACUACGGACACAACAUAUGCCUUUACAUACUGUUACUACGGACACACCAUAUGCCUUUACAUACUGUUACUACGGACACACCAUAUGCCUCUACAAACUGUUACUCCGGAUCAUGACAUGAUUCCACAUUCACAUACUAGAUUUCGCACGCUUCUCCCUCUCUGUUGUAAGACCCCAAAAGACACAAAUGAUUAGCAUGUGGUAAUAAAAGUUUGUGGCAGCAAC